CAUUCUCGCAAGACUUACCGGCGCUUCCAGUCAUCAUGUCUUACGGCCUGACUCACACAAUGUAUCUCAGCAUACAUAAAAGGACUAUGAUUCCUGAUCUCUUAACUCUUUCGCAGCUUGCACUAUUCAAGAGACCUGAGUGAACUUAUAGUUGACCCCGCUCCACCAACGCCACCAUCGUGCCUUUGACCCUCAUAGCAGAUCGUUGCUUCACCCGAUGACCACUGAUUGAUAGAACUAAUUGACACUCUAGCUAUCAACUAUGCAGCAUUUCACCUACCCCAAGGGCAAGGACAACAAAAUCGGCCGUCACCCAGAGCGGGGUCAUUACGAUGCUACGACUGUCCACUCCAUCGUCAACACCUCACCCGUUGCUCAUGUCUCAGUCAACCCUUCUCCAGAGUCCCCGUACCCUGUCACACUGCCGAUGAUUGUGCGCAUCGCACAAUACGAGAACGAUACCGAACCACACGCCUACAUUCAUGGCUACAUCUCAGCCCGCAUGUUCAAGCUGCCCAAGUCCCCUGAUACUCCCAAUGCUACUGAAGAAGGUGUACCUCUCAGCAUUGCGGCUACGAAAGUAGACGGCCUUGUCCUAGCCCUCACCCCGUUUAACCAUAGCUAUAACUACCGCAGUGCUAUCAUCUAUGGCCACGCGCGCCUUCUCGACCCUACGGUCUCUCCGGCCGAUGCUGCAGAGAAUCUCUGGGCUAUGCAGCUUGUGACAGACGGCAUUGUUCCGCAACGCUGGGACAAUUGUCGUUCACCCCCUGAUGCCGGCGAGAUCGCGAGCACGCGCAUACUGAAAGUUCGCAUCGACAGUGCGAGUGCAAAGAUCAGGGACACAGGAGUGAAGGACGACAAGAAGGAUCUGAAAAAUGAAGAGAACGUAGACAAAUACUGGACAGGGGUCAUUCCGCUGUGGGAGCACCUGGGAGAGCCAGUACCAGCGAAGACAAAUGGAGCCAAGGAGCUACCAGGUUACAUCAAAGAUUUCGUGAGCAAUUGGAACGAGAGAGUCGAGCAGGAGGCCAUGGUGAGUGCAGUACCGGAAGGCAUGGAGAUCAAGAAGAAGGAGGGAGGUGGGUGGCUUGCUGGGUGGUUGAAGUAGUGUACGCAGAUAUGCUAGAUUUACAGACCAAUGCCCGUUCAUGAAGAAAGCUCUGCUUUCUCGCUGAAUCAUGCGACCCCUGGUGCCUGGUACAUCGAGUCUACAAUUGAGAUGAUGAUAUCACCAGUACACGGCCGAUAGAAGUGUAGACGAAGCUAGCCAGAUGAGGCCAUUGAUUGACGGAGAAGGUCUGCUGUAUAGUGUAAUAUGACUUUCAG